CCUACCCUCUGUCACAGAGUAGAUGAGAGCUUUUUGCUCUUAUCCAAUCAUGCCUGGAAUGCUGCUUGCCACUUGGGCUAUUUCUGCUAUCUGUCGCUCUUGGUGCCGCAGUGCUAACGGUUUGGCAGAUGGGACACUUUUUCUUGGAGUUGGUGUCUUUGGGUUUUGACUUCUGGCAGUGCUGGGCGUGUUGUUGUCGCUCGCCCUCUCCCUCCUGGCCCCCCUGGUCACCAUGGCCCAUCGGCUUCGGUUUCAUUUUGGCUCUGGCCGCAGCAAUACGGCCCCCGAGUCUGAGAUUCUAGACCAGGAGAGAGAAGAGGACUUUUUCAUGGCAUUCCACACGCUGCCACGGAGAAGCAGCCCGCAGCCCUUCCCCCAGAACGCAGGGGAGGACAGUGGCCUGCAGGAGGGCGUGGGUGCCCUCAAGCGCAGCUCAUCCAUGUUCAUCCCGCAGCUCCUGGCCGGGGUGGACGCCAGGCCCACCCGCAGCUCCUCGGUGCAGAUCUCCCUGCAGCGCAAGGCCGCAGAUGGUGCCACAGACAGCUGCGGGCCACCCGAGGGCUCUGAUGACAGGCCCCCAGGCACCCAGGCUGACCUAGGAGACCAGGCCGCGGCCACAAGGGUCUCAGCUCACAUCAGCUCAUCUGAGCCCUCUCCAGUGGACACUCCUGGAAGCUCCCCUCCGAGGGCAGCCUGGGAUCCAGGGACUUUAGUCAAUGGGACUUGUGACCAGAGCGGUCAGUGUCCUCGCCUGGCAGAGGAUACAGAGGAGACCACCUCAGGCCUGCGCAUCCAGCACAGAGCCUCCAGUGCCGACGUGCGCCAGGUGCGGCUGCUGCCCUUCGGCCCGGAUGGCCAGGCCGAACCCAGGCGCUGGUCCCUCCAGCAUGUUCCAGAUGCUUCUGGGAGCUCCGGGAAGCGCUGCUUUGUCUUUCAGCUGCAGCAGCCCCAGCAAGGCACUCUGGGGCUGGGCGGUGAGUUCAACUUUGGUUUCACUGGCACUAAGGGGGACAGGUUGGUGAGGUACCCACGCAUUCGGCUGGAGAGGAGCACGUCAUAUCCCACCCAACCCCGAGCAGGCCGGGUGAGUCCCACCGAAGACCGUGGAACCCCAGAAGUGUCGCCUCGGGCCGGUAGGGUGGUCCCUGAGAUCCGCAGGACAAAUUCAGAGAGGGCCCCCCAGAGUCCAGGGUGCAUGUUCAAGAUCAGGCAGGAUCAAAAUGCGGGGCAGAAGCAUUUCCGAAUUCUUGUGACUCGGGGACCAGAAGAAGCUCCCCAGAACCAAGAGGAGACUCCCAAAAGCCCUGGACACCCUGGUGCUGGUGCUCCGACCCGAGACGACUUCCUGGGCCAGGUGGACGUGCCUCUUAGUCACCUUCCGACAGAAGAUCCCACCAUGGAGAGACCCUAUACCUUUAAGGAUUUUCUCCUGCGACCUAGGAGCCAUAAAUCCCGAGUCAAGGGGUUUUUGCGGUUGAAAAUGGCCUACAUGCCGAAAAAUGGAGGCCAGGAUGACGAAAACAGCGAGCAGAGGGACGACAUGGAGCAUGGAUGGGAAGUUGUUGACUCAAACGACUCAGCUUCCCAGCACCAGGAGGAACUCCCUCCUCCCCCGCUGCCACCAGGCUGGGAAGAGAAAGUGGACAAUUUAGGCCGCACUUACUAUGUCAACCACAACAACAGAAGCACGCAGUGGCACAGGCCCAGUUUGAUGGAUGUGUCCUCUGAGUCAGACAACAAUAUCAGGCAGAUCAACCAGGAGGCUGCACACCGGCGUUUCCGCUCUCGGAGGCACAUCAGUGAAGAUUUGGAGCCCGAGGCCUCGGAAGGUGGUGGAGAGGGCCCCGAGCCUUGGGAGACCAUUUCAGAGGAAGUGAACAUGGCUGGAGAUUCUCUCAGCCUGGCUCUGCCCCCACCACCUGCCUCCCCAGUAUCCCGGACCAGCCCCCAAGAGCUGUCGGAAGAACUGAGCAGAAGGCUGCAGAUCACUCCGGACUCGAGUGGGGAACAGUUCAGCUCUCUGAUCCAGAGAGAGCCUUCGUCAAGGCUUCGGUCCUGCAGUGUUACCGACACCGUUGCUGAGCAGGCUCACCUACCACCGCCCAGCACCCCAAGUAGGCGAGCGCGUUCGUCAACUGUCACGGGUGGUGAGGAAUCAACGCCAUCAGUGGCCUAUGUACAUACCACGCCGGGCCUACCUUCAGGCUGGGAAGAAAGAAAAGAUGCUAAGGGACGCACAUACUAUGUCAAUCAUAACAAUCGAACCACAACUUGGACUCGACCAAUAAUGCAGCUUGCAGAAGAUGGCGCCUCCGGAUCAGCCACAAACAGUAACAACCACCUAGCAGAGCCUCAGAUCCGCCGGCCUCGUAGUCUCAGCUCGCCAACCGUAACUUUAUCUGCCCCCCUGGAGGGUGCCAAGGACUCACCCAUACGCCGCGCUGUGAAAGAUACCCUUUCCAACCCACAGUCCCCUCAGCCAUCACCUUACAACUCCCCCAAACCACAACACAAAGUCACACAGAGCUUCCUGCCACCAGGCUGGGAGAUGAGGAUAGCGCCAAACGGCCGACCCUUCUUCAUUGACCAUAACACAAAGACUACAACAUGGGAAGAUCCGCGCCUGAAAUUUCCAGUACAUAUGCGGUCAAAAGCAUCUUUAAACCCCAAUGACCUGGGCCCGCUUCCUCCUGGUUGGGAAGAAAGGAUCCACUUGGACGGCCGAACAUUUUACAUUGACCAUAAUAGCAAAAUCACUCAGUGGGAAGACCCGAGGCUCCAGAACCCAGCCAUCACUGGUCCAGCUGUUCCGUACUCCAGAGAAUUUAAGCAGAAGUAUGACUACUUUAGGAAGAAAUUAAAGAAACCUGCUGAUAUUCCAAACAGGUUUGAAAUGAAACUUCACAGAAACAACAUAUUUGAAGAGUCCUACCGGAGGAUCAUGUCUGUGAAGAGGCCUGAUGUCCUGAAGGCUAGGCUGUGGAUUGAGUUUGAAUCAGAAAAAGGCCUGGACUAUGGGGGCGUGGCCAGGGAAUGGUUCUUCCUGCUGUCCAAGGAGAUGUUCAACCCUUACUAUGGCCUCUUUGAGUACUCUGCCACGGACAACUACACACUUCAGAUCAAUCCCAACUCAGGCCUCUGUAAUGAAGACCAUCUGUCCUAUUUCACAUUCAUUGGAAGAGUUGCUGGCCUGGCAGUGUUCCAUGGGAAACUUCUAGAUGGAUUCUUCAUUCGGCCAUUCUACAAGAUGAUGCUGGGGAAGCAGAUAACGCUGAAUGACAUGGAGUCUGUGGACAGCGAGUACUACAACUCUUUGAAAUGGAUCCUAGAAAACGACCCCACGGAACUUGACCUUAUGUUCUGCAUCGAUGAAGAGAACUUCGGGCAGACGUAUCAAGUGGAUCUGAAGCCCAAUGGGUCAGAAAUAAUGGUAACGAAUGAAAACAAAAGAGAAUAUAUUGACUUAGUCAUCCAGUGGAGAUUUGUGAACAGGGUCCAGAAGCAAAUGAAUGCCUUCUUGGAGGGAUUUACGGAACUUCUUCCAAUCGAUUUGAUUAAAAUUUUUGAUGAAAAUGAGCUGGAGCUGCUGAUGUGUGGCCUGGGUGAUGUGGACGUGAACGACUGGAGACAGCAUUCUAUUUACAAGAACGGCUACUGCCCCAACCACCCUGUCAUCCAGUGGUUCUGGAAGGCCGUGCUACUGAUGGAUGCUGAGAAGCGGAUCCGGUUACUACAGUUUGUCACAGGCACCUCCCGAGUACCCAUGAAUGGAUUUGCUGAACUUUAUGGUUCCAAUGGUCCUCAGCUGUUUACAAUAGAGCAAUGGGGUAGUCCUGAAAAACUGCCCAGAGCUCACACAUGCUUUAAUCGCCUUGACUUACCUCCAUAUGAAACCUUUGAAGAUUUACGGGAGAAACUUCUUAUGGCUGUGGAGAAUGCUCAAGGCUUUGAAGGUGUGGACUAAGGAAGGCCUCACACGUCGGGGGCACUGCCCUUCCAGCAAGUUCCACGUGCACUUUUGCAUUUGCCUAGCAGACUUUUGCAGAGCCGGUGGCAGAAGCAGUUGCCUGGCCUGGCUCUGGAGCCCAGGUUGUCCAGGCCCUGCCCAAGUUCCGCCAGGGAACCCAGCCCCAGCUCGAGUGCCGCCCCCCUUUCACCACCAAUUCUCAACUGGUUGAUGUGUACACUGAUUACAUUUCAGGAGGACUUGUUGUAUUUAUGUUGUGCCUCUGCAGGCAAAGCCCUUAAUAAAUAUUUUGCAUACUUUCUAAUGACAAUGAAUGGAAUUAAUCACGCUACAGGUAUAGUAUUACAACUCAUGUUUACUUUUUAAAAUGAUUUAGACUGAUUUUUCAGAUUUUAUUUCAUUACAAUUAAAGAUGUCUCAUGUACUUGGAAAAGUGAGCAUAUUUUUUUUUUGUAUUUGAAUUUCAUAUCAAGCUUAAUGUCAGUGACAUUUUUAUUUUUGAAGUACUUUGACACCCCUACCCUCCAUUUUAUUACAAUUGGAAGACUAGUUUUUCUCCAAAUGCCUUCUCCAGACAAAUGCUUCGAAAGAAUUUCAAAUAUAAAGUUAAGCAUAAUAAUUUUUUUCCAUACUCAGAAUGAAAAUAAACUGGAUAUUAUUUUUUUUUUUGUACAAAUUUUGAUUCUGGGUACAGGCUGGAAGAAUUGUAACAUAGCAUGAUAUCUUUGUGUUAACUUGAAAAGAAUGACGCCAUUGUCCCUUAGAA